AAUCAAAUCAACUCAACAGUCAGGCCAAAGUGCAUUAUUUUCCUUGACAGAUCUCAAUCAUCUGAUAUUUUGGACGAGAUCUCAACAGACGUCAAGAUUGGGUUCUCCUGCUCCUUGCGGAGAAGCCCAACAUUCCUUUCCUUUAGUUCACAAUCACAAUCGCAUCUUCACCGUUGCUCCGAUCCUGGGCCCUACCGACGAGUCACCCAUUUCACAACACGCCGACGGCGCAAUACAUGCCUACCCCUACCCACCGGCUCGAGCUCUUACGAUGAUGCUUCGUGUAUAGGUAGUCUACACCGAGAAAGAGUUGGAUCUGAGUUGUACACAUCCACACAUUGCUGGCAGUCACACUUCCUCGGAGAGUCUCUCCGCAUCUGCCUUUGCUUGCGCAGAGGGCGGAGACUUCACUACCGACUAGGCAACUUUUCGAGUGUACAUCCUCACAAUGCCUUGCUUCAAGGGACUCGCGGUGAGCAUACACACUCCCAAUGGACCUAUCCCGGAGUACUCGGUGCAGAAAGCUUCCCGUCUAUCCAGGAUCAGCUCCUACAUACCUGUGCCACCAGCCAAAAUCCCAGCCGAUUCAUCAACGGGCCAACCUGAACAAUCCACAUUCGCGAUAUCUAUCACGCUGCUCACGCCAAACCAAGAAGUUCCUUAUUCUACUCCAAAAGCAACCCCAGACAAUUCCGAUCCCAAACCUAAAUUGGUCGGCAGUCUGCCGGGCCACCCUGGUGGACCAGCGAAGAACGCAGCAACCAUCGGACCCUAUGUCCCUCUCACUACGUCCCCAAAUGAAACGAUAGCAGCAUACAUCUACUUCGAUGGCCGUGCCAAAGAGGAGGUUGCAACAUUACUGCGGAAGGGUGAAGAGACCUGGGUAAAUUCCCGCUGGGUAAGUGUGCCCGAGAAAGAAGGAGGCGGCUUGGCAGAAAGAGAAUUCUUGUUUCGAGAGGUCGGACUCGAGCGAUGGCUGAAUGGUUUGGACCUUGAUGGUAAAGAUGCUGCUGCGACAAUCGAGCGACGCCGCCGGAAACUCGAAAAGAGGAGAACAAAGCGCAAGGAGACGGCAGGCAGCGACGACGAGGCGAAUGGCAGUGCCAAGGGCCUCCGGCGAAAGAGUACUCUGCGGUACGGCGAGGACGGCCAGCUCCAGGAUGUUUCUGACGACGAUGGCUCCCUCAGCGACAGCGCCACAGAUGACGAUGACGACGAUCCAAUCCCAGAGACCGCAGGUCAGAUCAAGGUUGCGUUGUUUAGAGUGCUGGCAUCUGGGGAGAUCAAACGCGGAGAGUAUUCGCCUCAGUUCGAUGCCCAUGACGAUUCUGAGGACUCGGCUGGGGAAGGCGCGGUCGCUAAUGGCGAAAGUAAGAACCGGGCAGAUGUGGACCACACAACCAGCUUCGCAAAGCCCAAGACUCUGGAUCCUAAGACGAUCUCGACUCAAACCGUCACCGGAAUAGAUCCUACCGACAAACCUUAUGCCGUCUUCACCUUUUUGUACCGAGGUGAACGACAAUUACAGAAAAUGGGCAUCCUUCCCUCCACAAAGACGGAGAAAGCAGUCCCCGCCGCAAAGAGACGAAGCAUAGCUCUCGACCUGCCCAAGCUGGGGCCUCUGAAGAAAGAAGGCACAGCGGGCUUCUCUAACUUCCGAGAGGGCGAAACACGCCGGCCGAGCAAAACAAAACGAGGCAGCGACGACGAAAUGGAGAGCGAUGAUGAGGACGACGGUCAGGGCAUUAUUGGCAAGAUGGAAGACAUCAAUGACGCGGAUGCCAAGAGAGAUUCCGACUUGCUUUCGCCCGAGGAUGCCGAACGGGCAGGUCAAGUGGCGGAGGGGAUCCGUAAGAUGAAGCUCAAACGGCAGCACUCGGCGGAACCAUUGAAUAGCAAUGGGACGACUGAAGCGCGUAAAAGCUCCAAGUCUGGCAGUCCCUCGACGGCAUCGACGCCCAAGGUUGGUGCUGAUGAGCAGGAGUAUUCCCCUCCCGCUGGAGCGCUUGAUAUCGGCAAACCCGCGGUUCCAGACGCCAACAAAGACGACGAAAGCUUCAUGGUCGGUAGCCCAAUGAAGAGAGCGCGUGCUAGUGUUGCCGAAUUCGACGACGACCUCAAAAGCCGAUUGGCUGGUGGUGGUCUUUCCACGUCUGCGGGUGCCAUGGGUGAAAUCCUUGGAUUCGGAGGACCCGCCCAAGCAUCAACCACCGCUUCCAAUCCAUCCGGUCUGCAAUUCGGAGGUGCCUUGGGUAAGAAACCCGCCGAUGACGACGAAGAGCUGUGAGGCAGCCUCUACUUAAUUAACCUGGCACGUCGCGAUUCUGCAUAUCGAGCAUUUUCAUGGCGCGUAUGACUGGUGGCCUGCUUUUCUCCGCAGCAACUUUCGACUUCCCUUGCAACAAAGGCGCUGUUUACACGGUUGGGACAGUUGGAGUCAGUUUUGCCGGCAUUGGGAUUGGAAAGUCCAUGCAUUCUCCAUUUUCAUUUGUUCUCAGAGCAAGCACAAGAUGAUAUGAAACACGGCGCUCAUAGUCUGUCCAGGAGACACAAAGCGACGGAAAUU